AUGCAUAAAUACAGAUCUACAGAUAUUGUAUAUGAAAACUCUUAUUGGUUCGCUUCGAUUGGGAAAACAUUUAAUACAUCGAUAAGGUUAGAAAAGAGGCAUCAAUCAUGAAGAGUCCUAUAUCUAAUCAUUUGAAUGGGAAUAAUCAUCAUUCUAUCUCAUCACAAAAUGUAUCUCCAUGUAUUGUGUCUCGUUACGGAAAUAUGUCUAACAAUUAUCAAGUACUGAAAGUUGCUGGACGAGAUUCUAACUGUUAUAUUGCAAAUAACAUUGUCCCAAAAAUUGGUAAACAGCAGCUGGUGUCAUUGAAUGGAACUUCUAUAUCCUGCAACAGUGUGAAUAUCAAUGAAGCUUUGGCGUGUGAUGUAUCUUCUAUGCCUACUGUAAAAACUAAGGCAUUAUGUGUCCAUAUUCGAGAGAAUAAAUGGUACGAUGCUGGUAAUGUAGUUUCUGUAGGAGUUGCUGGGACUAGUUUAAAUCAUGCAUUGGAAAGUAUGUCUCUAGCUUAUAAUCCCACUACAAAGCAAAUAUAUUCUUUAGAGGAAUCUAAUGAAUCACAAUUGGAUUCUAAAUCUCAGUAUUUAGAUUCUCCAUGUGAUUAUAAAGAAGAAUCUUUAAAUGAUAAUUUCAAGGUUGAUGAAGAUAAAUAUAUAAGAUUAGAAAGUGGUAGUGCAAACAGUAGUCCUAGGAAUAGUCUACCACGUUCUUGUAGCAGUACAGUGUCUUCCCUUAGCGAAGUCUCUCCUUCUGGAAGUUUUCUGGGUUGUGAUGAUCAACAAGUUACAGAAAGGACUGAGAAAUCUAAGCGUUGGGGACUGAACACAAUUUUUUCAAAGAAUGUAUUUUCAUGGAAAAACAAAGAUUCUCAACAAUCCACACCUACAAGCAGCCCAUCAAGAAAUGUAGACAAAGUAGGAGGAAGUUUAGCUUUAAUCCAACAGCCAAGACCAGCUAAUCUGCCAGCUAAAAAUGCAGUUGAAGAAGAACGUCAUCGCAAACAGUAUAGUGCUAUUUUAGAAGCAGCGAGGAAAAGAGAAUUAAAAGAAGAAAAGGAACGUAAACAGCAAAGAGAAUUGCAACUUAAGGAAGAAGAAAGAUUAGCAGAAGAUUCUCAUACUUGGAACGUACAUAUUCUUCCUAAAUUUGAAAGUGUUAAAAAUACAAAAAAAGUACGUGAAUUAUGGUGGCGUGGUCUUCCACCUAGUGUCCGUGGCAAAGUGUGGAAAUUAGCAAUUCCAAAUAACUUGAAUAUAACAACACAUCUUUACAAUAUAUGUUUGGAUAGAGCAAUAUCAAGUCCUAUAAGUGAAACAUUAGCUGCAAUCAAAUUAGAUGUAUCUCGUACUUUUCCUACUUUAUGUGUCUUUCAAGAAAAUGGACCAUUAUCUAAUAGUCUUCAAGGUAUUUUAGCCGCCUAUGCAGUUUAUAGACCUGAUGUAGGUUAUGUACAAGGUAUGAGUUUUGUGGGUGCAGUAUUAUCAUUAAACAUGGAACCUCCAGAUGCCUUUACCUGCUUUGCUAAUUUACUAAAUCAUCCUUGUCACAGAGCUGCUUUUACAUUAAAUCAGAAACAAAUGGAUAUUUAUUACAAGGUAUAUUCUAGUGCACUUGCACAUAAGUUACCAAAAAUUUUUUCUCAUUUUACAGUAGCUGGUCUUAGUCCAGAUUUAUAUUUGUUAGAUUGGUUAUAUACUAUAUAUGCUAAGGCAAUGCCUCUGGAUGUUGCAUGUAGAAUUUGGGAUGUUUUUCUUAGGGAUGGGGAUGAGUUCCUCUUUAGAACAGCACUUGGCGUGUUGCAUCUAUAUCAAGAAGAAUUAUUAAAGAUGGACUUUGUACAUGGAGCACAAUUUCUUACUAGAUUGCCAGAAACUUUACAGGCAGAAGCUCUAUUCAACAGUAUUAGUCAAAUGUCUACUACUGUUGGAACAACAACGUUCCAACAAAUGUUAGUUCAAUUUUCUUCAUUGUAAUUUUGUAAAUUAUAAUGAAGAAUAUAGAAUGGUAGUCAUAUUUAUAAAAAAAGGAUAAAUCUCAAAUACUAUUUUUGUUAGUGCAAUCAGUAAAAUAUAUUCUCUAUGCUGGAAAUUUAAAUAUUAUUUAUAUAAAUUAAAAAAUAUAUAUAUAAUAAAAUUUGCAUAAAUUUUAUAUAAUUUCAAAAUAUAAUUCAUUUUACUUUUCUAAAUAAACAUUGGAUAUUUUUUCAAAAAGAUUUAUUUACAAUGAGUAUUUCAUUUUAUAUUAAAUUUUACUAUAUGAAUUAUAAUACUGAAUAAUGUAACAUUUAAAACAUAAAGAAAGCAAGAGCUUCCCAUAUUUUAAUAAGUUAAUUGUGUAAUGAACAAAAUAUGUGAAUGUAUUCUCCUAUGAAUGAAAAGAAAGAAAAAAAUUAAAUAUUAACAAAAUUGGACAUAAAUUUGAUAAAUAUGUAUAUAUUUUAUAUUUCCAAACAAAGAAUUAAGAUAUAUAUAUAAUUUCUAAGGUACUUUUAUGAAACUUAAAAAAAAACAAAAUUAUUAACAACUGAGGUUAACUUAUUUUUAUUUUUAUAUUUGCAAUGUUUUUAUUUUAUUGAAGAACAAAAUUCAUAUAUCUAUUUCAUACUUUUGUCUUAUUUCAUUAUUACAUAUUAUUUAUAGUGAUAUGAUAUACAUAUAUAUAUAUGAAAGUGUGCUAUGAUUAGGACUGUCAUUUGUAGAAUCAUAAUAUAGGACAAAGAGCAUUAAAACCCAAACAUUUGCUUCUGAAAUCCGGAUACUUUAAGCAUUUUUGUGCUUUAAAUAUUAGAAUUUCAAUAUUGCACGUUAUCAUGAAUAUGUGAUACGAUAGAGACUGCACUCAUUCAGACUGAGUUUGGGUCUAGACUAUUUCUAAUGCGUCUGAUAAAAAUAGAACACUUAAAAAUCGGAUAAAUCUGGAAAAAUCCGGACAAAUGACAGAUCUAACUAUGACAUAUAUCAUUGCACUAUAAUUUGAAUAUUUUGAAGUAUCUUUCACAGAUACUAGAUCUCAACUGCAAUAUAUAUCUUAGAAAAUAAUCUGAUAUGUUUAAAUAUAUUCUCAUGAACAAGCAAAAUAUUAUAUACUCUUAUAUUAUUAUAAAUGAGCAAAAUAUUGUUUGAAAAUGCCUGAAUGCUUAUUAUAUCAAUAAUAAAUGCAUUAAUAAAUAUAACAUAAAUAAUAAAAUUAUGUGCCACAUAAUAUAUAUGUAUAUUUAAAAAAUAUAUACAGUUAAUUUCGAUCUUGGAUUCAAAAACUGACUGGUGCAAAUACAACUGUUGAAAAGUAAAUAAAUAAUUAAGAUAUUUUUUUCAGAUAUAUGAUUUAA